GGGCCGACAGAAAAUGGCGAGUCUGUGCAAAAGGCAGCAAUGCACGGUAGAGAGGCGCGGCUUUCGGCAGGAACUUGACUCUUGGAGGCACAAACUCAUUCACUGUGUAGGCUUUGAAAGCAUCUUGGAAGGCUUGUUUGGGCCGGGACUAGUCAACGAUCUCACCCUGUUCCAAGACUGCGAGCCCGAGGAGGUGUCCGACUGGUCCUUCGAUGAAAACUGUCUCUUCUGCUGCUUAAGACGCGAGAAAGUCAAGGAGCACAGCAUAGAGAAAGGUGGAGGCAGCCAGGUGCUGUCGGAGCUGUCUCGGAUCAGCCGGCUGGAGAGACAGGCCCAAGACUUCCUCAAUGCUGUGUUACACAGAAAAGACCUCCAAAGUUUCUCAGAACCUCACAUUCCUCUAGUGGCUCGUGAGAUCAUGCAGCGAAUGAUCCGCCAGUUCGCUGCCGAAUAUACCUCAAAAACUACUCAGGACGACUCGCCCCUGCCCAACGGCACCAUGAAGGACCAAAGCCCGCCGAGAGCGGCGUCUCUGGCCGCGGCCCCCAGCAACGGUACGGGAGGUACGGCUGCUGCCUCUGCACAGAACCCUGUCCUUAGCAAGCUUCUCAUGGCCGACCAGGACGGCCCGCUGGACCUCUCUGUCAAAAAGAACGAGGUCGACCCCGACCCCAGCCAGCCGGAUGGCGUCCUGGACCUCUCCACCAAAAAGAAACACAGCCUCAAAACCUUCCCUGGCAUCUCCCGUGAGCCCAGGGCCAAAGGACGUUCUAUCAAAGUGGAACAUACCCUGCCAGAGGUGGAUGAGGACGGCCUGCUGCAGAGAAGCUUGCAGGAUGGACUGAGGGAGAACUAUGUCAACUCCAACUCCUUCAAGCCGCCAUUGGCCCGCUCGCUGCGUAUCAAGGAAGAGCUCCUCAGCCAGAAGCACCGCCUCCUGAGCCAGCCUGCUGCUCUUUCAUUGGCUAAUUUAGAGUCAGUCGGCUUGCUCAAUCAUGCGCAGUCCCGCUCCUUGCUUGGCCAGAAGGGUUCUUCCUCUUUCUGGGGAAGCAAGGCCCACCUCGAAAGCCUAAUGAAGCUAAAGCAGGCCAGUGGAGCUCUGAACGGGGCCCUCAGUGACCUCAAAGAUCUGCCGACAUUCCUGGAGAAUCACCACAACCACCACGGAGCCUUCUCCUUCAAAAGUCCCCUCCACCAUCACCACCACAAUCAGGUCUCCAAGGCUCAACACCACCACAAUGAGGGCAAGAGGGACCAGGGCCACUCACCUCCUGUCGACCUAAAGAUCCCCCAAGUUCGGAGCAUGGACCUCUCCUGGGACCCCCAUGCCACUGAGCUGUAUGGCUACGGCGCCAUGGGGGUUGGGGGUGGUGGCCAUGGGGAGAACAGCCUGAGCCGGAAGCUGAGAGCCAUCCUGCCCAAGCAGAACCGCCGGGGAGGAAGCCUUGGAAGCCUGCUGGAUGGGGCUGCUGACUACUGGAGCUCUGACUUGGAUCACUCCAGUUCCGGGCCAGCGUACUCCACCUCCGACGUGGAAGGGGACCCAAACUCCAAGCAGCCAAGGAAGAAGAGAGGCCGUUAUCGCCAGUACAACACAGACAUCCUGGAGGAGGCCAUAACAGUAGUGAUGAGCGGGAAGAUGAGUGUGUCCAAGGCUCAGAACAUGUACGGGAUCCCACACAGCACCCUAGAGUACAAGGUCAAGGAGCGCAUGGGAACCCUGAAGAACCCCCCAAAGAAGAAGCUCAAGCUGAUGAUGAAGAUGGAAGCAGGAGGCCAGGAUUUUCCUCUUGCAGAGUCAGAGAACUCGCUCACCGCAACACCACGAGACGACGGCCCGCCACUGGCAGCAGCUGAGCUCAAGGAAAAUGUAAAAGAAGAGAUUGAUGAUAAUUUCAAACCAAUCGACUAA